AUGCAAAGGAAACUGUCGGAAAUUGCUGAAAUACCGAAAAUUCUCUCCUCGACAUUGGCGACGGUGUCGCAGACCUUUGAGAAGUUGAAUCUCACCGGAAUGCCGCCAAAUCCCAACUACACGGCCGGUGACAUUUACCAGCAGCAUUUGCAGAGACGUAAAUUGUCCUACGAUGAGGAUGCCUACGAUUAUGAGUUGAGUGAUGGUGGUAAUAGUGAUGAGGACGAAGUGGAAGAGCGGGACGAUGAUGUUGACAAAAAGAAAUCAAAGAAGCGGUUGGAUGAAGAUUUCAAUGCCAAGGAGGCCUAUCAACGAUUAAAGCAACACAUUGCCGCCAGACGUCGUAGAAAAUCAAAGGACGUAACACCAGAAUCUGAUUAUGCUUCGGAAAAUAAUUACUCGCCAACGGGCGAGCGAGAGGGUGGAGGGAGUGAUGAUGACGAAGAUGUCUACAAGGAUGAUGGUGGCGGCGACACCGAUGACGACAAGACCAUUAGUAGUGAUAAAGAGUUCAAUAUGAAAUGUUUCCUAACACCUGGAGGUCAUGACCCAACAGAUGAUGAAAUCGACGAUGAUGAGGAUGAGACAGAUGAAGAUGAUUUCCUUACAACAACAUUUACCUGGAGUUUUGCGAAUAAAUCCAAAUCGAAAAACACCUCCAAAGACACCGAUACUACCAGCAGCGACUCAUGUGCCAGCUGUGAUGAAGACGGAGCAGCUGUGGAGAAGGAAAGAAGUCUUAUUGCCACACUUAAGCAACAUGAAGCUUCCGUUAAUAAUGCUCCAGAGGAUUCCUCGUCAAAACAACCAAAGGUGAGUGGGAUAAACCGUAUUUUUGUUUACAUUCUUUGA